AUGGCCGGCCGAUCACCCGUCGUGCGCUUGCCCGCGUUUUACGAAGAAAUGCGUGACCAGUUCAUGGACCAGAACGGGGUCCACAUUAUGUACCCUAGCGCGGGCGCCUCGGCCCCCCCUCGUCCACGGUCCCCGGGGCAGAUCGUGACACUGGCGACGAGUACAGUCAACGAGUCGACCCACGCCAUCGAGAGCGGCAAAACAACGCCCCCCGCAUCUGCCGCCAUGCCGCUGUACGGAAGACUCGAGCCGUUCGAGGGAGACAGGUCCGCCUGGCCCACCUAUGAGGAGCAAGUUCACAUGUUUUUCCGCGCUAACGACACGCCCGAGGAGAAACAGCGGGGCAUUUUCCUGGCAAGUUGCGGAACCCAAGUCUUCAGUCUCCUGCUCGACCUCCUAAAGCCGGCUACACUGCAUACCAAGACGCUCAGCGAGCUGCUCACUACACUGCGCUCGCGCUUCAGUCCGGCGUCGUCCACGCUAAUGGAGCGUUUCCGCUUCAACAACCGGAGCAGCCGGGAAGGGGAGAGCCUCGGGCAGUUCGUCGCUGCGCCACGAGGUUUGUGCCAGUUCGUACAUUCGCAGUGCUUCACGUGCGGAAAAACUGGGCACCUUGCACGAGUAUGCCGAACGGGGAAGCAGAACAACGGACCACAGCAGCAGCCUGGAUCCAGCCCAGGUUCCACACCAGCCCGCGGUCAGGGUAGGCAUCGCAAGUGGUGGCGGGGACGUGCGGCAGCAGGCUCGGGUUCCUCCGCGGCCAGGCUCAACGUCGUGUCCGAGGACCCGCCGAUUUUCGACAUGUGGCACACAGGCCUUGUCCCGUCGUCUGUGCCGCCGUACGUGCUGACCGUCGAAGUUUGCGGGCGCCCCAUUUCCAUGGAACUGGACACGGGGGCCAGUUUGUCGGUCAUGGCUGGCAAACUUUUCAAAAGGACCUUCCCCGGAGUGGCCGUCGAGGCUUCAGGCGUCAUGCUGCGGAGUUACUCUGGAGAGCUUUCCCAGGUCCAAGGUCAGGCCCAGGUCAGCGUUCGUUUUGGCAACAGGGAAGCAACCCUUCGUCUGUAUUUGACCAAGGGGUCGUCACCGACGCUGCUCGACAGAAAUUGGAUUUGCGCACUGGGUGUUCGGCUGCCAGAAGGCCAGGAAGCAGCCCUACAUGGCGUACAAGACAUCCCAAGCAUCCUAACAGAUUUCCAGUCACUGUUCCAGCCAGUUGUGGGCACAUUCGCCGGUACGACUGCUGGCAUCCAUGUACCCGAGGGAGUCCGGCCUCGGUUUUUCAAGCCUCGCCCGCUGCCGUUCGCACUGAAGGACGGGGUCACCCAGGAGCUGCAACGGUUACAGCGAGAAGGCAUCCUGGUACCAGUCAAGACUGCGGAGUGGGCCGCUCCCAUCGUUCCAGUCCCCAAGCGAGACGGUAGUGUCAGAAUCUGUGGGGAUUUCAAGGUUACGAUCAACCCCGUCGCUACCGUCGAAAAGUACCCCCUGCCUCGGAUUGAAGAUCUCUGGUCGGCUUUGUCUGGUGGCCAGAAGCUCACGAAGAUCGACCUCAGAGACGCGUACCAGCAGUUGGUGCUCCAGGAGGCCUCACGGAAGUAUGUCACGAUAUCGACAACUAUGGGGCUUUUCCAGUAUACGCGUUUACCAUUCGGCGUGGCCUCGGCACCAGCCAUCUUUCAGAGAGAGAUGGACAAUCUCUUCAGGGGCAUGAGGCACGUGGCAAUGUACUUGGACGACAUCCUCAUCACCGGUAUUAACGACGGAGACCACAUGCAGAAUCUGCACAACGUUCUGGCCAGACUUCAGGAUGCUGGUCUCAAGCUCAAGCGGGAAAAGUGCGUGUUCAUGGUUCCCAGUGUAGAAUACCUGGGACACGUCAUCUCCCAGGCCGGCCUGGCUCCGGCCCCCCGCAAAGUUGAUGCUGUUCUGAAGGCGCCGAAGCCCCGAAACAAGAAAGAGCUGCAAAGCUACCUUGGUCUCAUCAAUUUCUACAGGAGGCUCCUGCCCAACCUGUCUGCGAUGCAGCCACUGUAG